UUCUGACAAAUAAAAAACCCUUUUUUCUUUUUCUCUCUGUCUCUGUUGAAGCCGCCGCAGAAGCACCAUAUAGCUUGCACAUGGAGGGGGAAUGUUCGAUGUUGGUAAAGCAGGAGACCUCUUAUAAAUCUGUGUUCAUAGUGGCACAACAUUUUGGAAGACUAUAUGAAGGUGUGUUAUAUGAAGUAAAAAUUGAACAAGGAUCAGGAGCAAUUAUAAGGGGAAGACCAGGCAGAGCACUCGUGGGUGAAGAAGAUCGACCCCCAUUGCUUAAUCCUGUAAACAAGAUCUUUGGUGAGAGCGAUAUGGUUAAGCCGUACAGUUGUCGUUUGGUGGCUCUGAGGUUCAAUGGAUUGUCCAAGUUAUAUAUGUUGUUAACUGCUCGCGAUGUCCUUAGGCACAGCCUUAGGUCCACCACCACUGCCCCCGCGGAACCGGACUUGAAGGGACGUAUUUUCGACACAGAGACCAAGUCAUUCUAUACAUUUACGCACCCCAAAUCAUUUAACCGAUGGUCAACUUUGAUGUCUGCGUAUAACAAGCUUUAUCAUCUUGGAAUUGCAGAUUCUUGGUCCCUAAAUAAUCCAAGGGUAGCCUUUGAGCGGUAUGAUCCCUGCAAUGACUGUUGGGAGCCCCUGCCAUCUGUUCCCUUUGCACUCUAUAAGGGCAGAGGAGGGAUGGCUGGUUAUGCUGUUUGCGGAAAUAAUAUUUUGCUCUCAUCGAGUGCCGGCAAGAGUUUCAUUGCUUUUAAUCUGAAGGAAAAUAAAUGGUAUCCUGUCUUAGCUAAGGGGUCUUUUUCUUUCCGCGGGAGGGCUGUGGUUGUAGGCAAUACCAUCUAUUGUUUAUUAACCCUCCAUCAUGGGAAGGUUGCAAAGUUUUCCUUUGAUCCUAGUACGUAUUCUAUAAGCGGAUCGCAGCGACUUUAUGGUUUGGAAUACAACAAAAAGCAUACGUACAACGGAUAUUUUGAACAGUGCUCAGAGUAUAUGGUUCAUCUAGGGAACUUGGAUUUUUGUCUUGUCCAGAGUGGCACUGACAGCAAUUGUUGUGGUCGUCAACCCAUUUGGAUCACCACGUUCCAAAUUGUCUCUGAAGGAGGAAAAAGCUCUAUCAACACCUUGCAUUCAACUGUUUAUGAUGUGGACCUAAAUGGCGCGCACAAAUUCUUAAUUGGUUUCAGCUUCACUCCAGAUUGCGAGGAUAACGAACCCAAAGGAAUAGAAACUAAGGUGAAACUAAUACAUGGACCACUGGAAAAGAGAUACAAACGGAAAGGACACUGCAAGCUCGGGAUCAAGCCCAGGACCAAGCGCACGUCUAGAAAAUCCUUUGGCCUCUGUUUGAAGAGAGGCCUCAUCACUUUGGGCAAACUCUGAAGUUCUGAAGUUGAUUUGGUUGAAAACAACUUAUUUAAUUUUUUUUGGUUGAAAACAACUUAAUUUUUGUGUUCUUAGGCCAUCUCUAACCCAUGAGGCCAACUUACAAAAAUCCCAAAUUAUAGUCCAAUUCAUCUCCCAACUCAAGAAAAGUAAGGAGGCAAAAUUUGGGAAAACCCAAACUUGGGGCCAAAUACCAAUCCAGUUAUUGCCUGAAUUGGAAAACUUUUUGGUGGAGCCCACUUAAGGCUGAGACAUGCCAUUUUCAAGGAAGGGUGAUUGGGGCCCACGUUGCUGGUUCUGCAAAUUGUGUCGCGCCACUUGUCAAAGGUUGGGGAUUUAGCUGUUGGAAUUAAAUAAUGACACAAAUUUUUUUCUUUUUUUUGUUUAUUCUAAUGGUAUCCUAAAACAACGAUCUAGAUUAAAUCCAAGCUAUUUUAACGGUAAAAAAAAAA